CAUACACAAUAGACAAGAGAGAUACAUCAUCAUGAAGUGUGUUUCAAUGCUUGUUUAUUUCAUUAUUUUUCUAACGUUGUCAUCAAACGUUGGUGCAUCGACUAAACAUAGUCAUUUUGUGCUGGUACAUGGGGCUGGUCAUGGAGCCUGGUGUUGGUACAAGGUGGCCGCUCUCUUACAAUCCAUUGGUCAUAAUGUCACAACUAUAGAUCUUACGGCCUCUGGAAUCAACCUCAGCAAAAUUAGUCAAGUCAACGGUUCAGUGAUUGACUAUGCUAAGCCAUUGAUGGAUUUGAUGGCAUUGCUUCCAAAUGCAGUGGCUAAUAAAGUUGUUCUAGUCGGCCACAGUUUAGGUGGUCUCAGCAUAUCUCUUGCCAUGGAGAACUUUCCUCGUAAAAUUUCAGCUGCAGUAUUUGUCACUGCUGCUAUGCCUGGUCCUAACCUCAGUUUUCUCAAUGCAUCCCAAGAGAUGACAAGGAGAACGGGUUCUUUUAUGGAUUCAAAAUUCAUAUUUGAAAAUGGUCCUAAUAACCCUCCAACAGCUUUAAGUUUUGGGCCAAAUUAUCUGGCAACACAAUUGUACCAGCUUUCCUCACCAGAGGAUUUGGUUCUUGCACUGUCAUUGCUUAGAGCUUACCCUCUGUUUAAUAAUGAAGAGUUGGUGAACAAAGAAGUAAAACUUACCAAGGAAAGGUAUGGAACAGUUAAAAGAGUUUUUAUAGUGUGUGACCAAGACUUAGCACUUGAGGAGAGUUUCCAAAGGUGGAUGAUCGAGAGGAACCCACCUCAUGAAGUAAAGGUCAUUAAUGGGACUGAUCAUAUGGUUAUGUUCACUAAACCACUUAAACUCUUUACUCACCUUGGGGAGAUUGCAGAAAAAUAUUCUUCAAAUUAAUUAAACUAUAAUUUGUUUUCUUUUUGGGAGUUGGCAUUUGAAUAUGUUUUUUUUUCUUAGAGACAAUUGAGGAAAAAAAAGAUAUGUACUAAAUUAUUUUGAUAUGUUUUGUGUCUGUAAUAAUAAGCAAGAAGGGAGAGUUAUUUCCUGUCGUGUGUA